UCGUUUUGAUGCCACGUUACACGCAACAAAGGGGAUGCUCUGUUAUCAGAUUGAGGGAACGCCAAAUUACCUACUAAUAAGUUGGAAAGUACCACUUUUUCGCAAAAACGAAUUUUGUAUCUAUAUUUGUGCAAACCAACCUCCUGAAGAACAAAAAGAAAAGAAUAUUUUUCGCCAACAUAUACAUAAAGAGUACAAAAAGGCUCCAGAUGAGAUUAUUCAGACUGGCUAUAAAGAUUUUAGAGUUAGCGCUACCAUGUCUAGUGG